UAUUGCAUGAUAUAUCAUGAAGAGCUGUGUGUGUCUAUAUGCGCUUUUACAGGAAAUAGCACGUGACUAUUUGUGUGACUUUUUGACUACUACUUUGACUUACGCUUCUAUUAGUUCUUGGUGAAUGUCACUGGCAUUCUUACUUCAUAAGAGUGAUGUACAUUUCACAGCUUUGGUUAUUUUUUGGUGCUCUGAUUUCUUCAAACACUCUGGACCUCAGGAAUACAAGAUGCACAGAUGUUACCAUCAGAGCCUCUCUGAAAUCUGAAGUCUCUCUCCCAUGUCACUUUAAUAUAAGCCAUUACAAUAAAACAGAGGAAAUAAAAUGGAGCCACCAUUACAGUCUUGUAACGAUCAAAAACAAUGGCAUUAUCUACUUCCAUAGUCCUAGUGAAGGACGAGUGAGCUCUUUUCCUAAUCUGGCCAAAGGAGGAAACUUCUCCAUCCUCAUCCAUGACCUGCAGUCUUCAGACAUUGGCACCUACUUCUGUGAGCUGAACAGUGAAUGCUGGAGGGUGAAGAUCAUGGAAUUGCCAGAAAAAACUGAAAAGCUGAACUCUAAUCACAACUCCUGGUUUUACUUUUUUGCUGGAGCUGGAAUUUUCACUCUUCUUUUUUGUAUAUUCAACCGCAUUGGCUUACAAAACCGUUUACAGUCUUCAACAGAAAAAUGCAUGAGAUCAUCCAAAUCUAGCUCUGCGAAUGAAGAACGCCAAGAAGAACAUGGUUCUUCAAGUCAAACAUCUAAUAUCAAACAGCGAGCAUUCAGAACUCCAGAUCCAAAUGAUUUUACGACAUCUACAAUAUACUAUGUGGUCCAGGCAUAAUACUUCAGUUUAGAGGGUGCCGUCAAGAGAGGAAAAUAAAAAUCAUGAUUUCCUAUUUCAGAUUAUAAAUCUGUAAUUUUGUCUAUUAGUAAACACUGUUGUCCUUUAAUAAUCAUGUGUUUUGAAAUGUCUUCUAUUAUCAUUCAUUGAUUUUUAGUGUUUAAAAUGGGUUGAUUCUCAAAUAACUGAAUACUUUUGUAAACCACAAACUGUAUGUGAAUUUAUGUUCACAUUUUCAUUGUACAUUGAUUUUAAUUAACUUUUCUUUUGAAAUUCUUUGUCAUUAUUUGUA